AUGCACCUUACGUACUGGGAGUUUAGUCUCACUUUCCUACUGCCCGUAUUAUCUAGAUCAUGUGAGCCGUGUAGACGAUCUAAGUUGAGAUGUGACCAUGUUGUUCCAGCUUGUGGGAGAUGUGUCAAGAGGCGAUGUGUUGACCAGUGUAUCUACCAUCCAAAUCCUCUAACCCAGGUUCGUUGGAGGGGAUCAUCCACCAUGGCGUCGACAAACGAUGAGAGUUCCGUCAUCAUAGCUCAGUCAGUUGAGACACCAAGUCCAGAAACAGAAAGCCCAAGUUUCCUCACACCCCAAACUCCAUUGUCACGUCCUACUGAAAUAGUAACGCGUGAGGUUCAUCGAGCUGCAUCCGCUCCACCACUAAAUUUCCGGGAUGAAUACACCAGCCAUACCGGAAACCAGGGCUUCCUUGGAGAAACUUCCUACAUUUCCAUCUUCGAAGAUGGUUUAGGUAGCUCCGGUGUCUCUGGUCCCGAUCUAGAAUCUUCUCACGUUCACAAAGUUAAACUAUCGCAAGAUCGUAUAGCUCAAGGAUGUAAAGUCCUUGGUUUCUUAAAGGAUAAUUCUUUGCUUAUCCAUCUUGUGUCACGAUGGUACGAAGUAUGCGAAGAUGAGUGUUGUAUCUGUAUAGAACCUAUUAUGAAAGAAUGGAUGUGGGGUCUCUGGCCACAUCAUGGAGAUGUCUUGAGAGAUCAGAAUCCCGAAAAGAUCCGCCGGCUCUGUGGGCUAAUCUGGCGUAAUACCCAGACACCUCUUACCUUUAAUAAAAAUACUACGGCGGCCCAAUGGGCACGCUCCGCUACUGGACCUGGCUUACGGUGGGAAGUCAUCGGCCUUAUCGCCGCAGUCGCUGGUCAGUGUGCUAGUACCCCUGAGCCCAUGGAUCGAGAUUCGAAGACCCCCAAAUUCACGCAGUCCUCCUUCCCGAGACAGAUGAGCGAAGUUGCAGAGGCUUGCUUGAGCUUCUGUCGCGACUGUGACUCUCUCGGCGACUUGUUCGCCUGGUUGCUAAUGGAAAACUUUUGCUUGACCGGUAGGCUUAAGGGUGAGACUAGCCACGCUUCAUAUACCCAAUGCGGAGAGAUUGUAGCCGCAGCUAUUGCGAUGGGUUUACAUCAGGAUGCCAAGGAAGAAGACGGGCUGCCAUUCUUCAUAUCGGAAACGCGAAAAAGACUCUUCUCUCAAACAUAUAGCGCAGAGAUUGGAAUAUCGACAUUCUUAGGCCGUCCCCCUCGCCUCUCACACCGUUACUGCAAAUUCCAUGCUCCCCUGGAUCUCACUGUACCCCAGUUAGUUCUUGAAGGAGACGAGCUGGCUCUAGCACUUGCCAGUCUAGACGAAAAUGGGUAUAAUACGGCUGGAAAAAUACAUCGCAGAGAAGAUAUACUUGACUUGGCGCUAGCUCAAUAUACGCCCGAGGAAAUUCUGAUUCGUGCAGAAGAUAUCGAAAGGCGCUGCAAUGAACAUAUGGCCGGAUUGCCCCCUUUCAUCCAGAAAAUAAGAGACGGGCCUAUAGAAUUUGAAGGGAAAACGCCGACGGAAAUCAUGUUCAUGAUCGUGAUCCGCCAAGCAUUCCGUUCCAACGAUCUCCUACUUCAGCGCGUAUUAAUCCGCAAAGCUGGCGCGAGCUCAGAGAAACUCAUACAUAUCGCACGAUCGAUUCUAAAGGAUAUACUACUAAUGAGCCAGCGCCAUGACUUGGGAAUGCUAUUUCAAACUGAUAUCGCCUCCCUUCUCGCGGUUCAGGGGUUGCGAAGUGCGGGUGUCAUCGCUGUUGAACUGUUGAAGCAAGAACAACUUCCUGUAUAUCCGAAAGAUCCUCUCUUACCCAGAAGUCAGACGAUCCAAGACUUGGCUAUCUUCGCAGCUAGGCUUGGGGCCAUCGAUCCUUCAGACGGGUCAUUUAGUAUUUGUGAUCAGGGGCGCAAGGUUAUUACCCAUAUACUCGAUAAGAUUCUCAGUCCUCCAAAUGCGCCAGAUCGGUUUCAAGUUUCCAGCAACCUCCCUACGCACCAGGAUCAAGUCCAUCCGCCUAUCCAAGCAAGUUUUGAAAUUCCGACAACCGAACCGGCACCGGGCUAUAGCUGGCAGGUGCCUGGUGUGAUGGAUUCUACGAUGGCGGAUUUGAAUUUCGGCAUGGAGGCGCCUUUCCUAGGACCUGAUAAUGAUUUCAUGCAAUGGCUUGAGAAUAUGGACUGGGAGAAACCUAUUCAAUGA